GCUGCUCUCCUCUUCUCUCUCUCCAACUCCAAAGAGUAAAGAAGAACCCUUCAAAGGAUCCAAAAUUCACAUCACACACUUCUUCUUACUUCUCACUUCUUCUCACUUCUCAUCCCUAAUUCAUUAUUCAGAUUCUUCAGAUCUCUCUCUCUCUCUCUCUCUCUCUCUCUCUCAUACAGUUUCCUCAAUUUCUUAUUCCAAUUUUCUGUUUCACACAACACAAAUACACACCAACGAAUCUCUCAAAUCUCCAUGGCUACUUUGCAUAAAUUCAAGCUCUUAGCCUCUCAAUGUGCCGUCGCUGGUAGCCCUACUCGAAGCCCCAACGCUAGUCCCCUCAUCCAUCUCCGUCGUCGCCGCCGUAAAACCCUAAGAAUGCUCCUCAAUCGCACCGAUCGCCGCCGAUUUCCCUUCCAAGAUAACUCCGCCGACUCUCAAGAUCUCGACGACCACGACCACGACCACGACGACAACCACAAUUUGAUUCCGGAGAAAAACGAGAAGGAGGUUCGAGCCAGACGAAAACUCAAGGAUUUGUUCGUCUCCUCGCCGCCGCCGCUUGAGGAUAGGCUCUCCGAUAGAAGAAUCGAAGAACAGGAAGCAUUCCUAACAUCGACCAACACUAACGCCGCUGGAAUCAGUUCUCCAUCUACCACUCGCCGCUCUCUUAGACCUGUAUCGGCGACAUUCCGGUACAGAUUUCUCAGGCGAGCUUGGCGGCCAGUGCUCGUUGCCAUCCCCGAGUAGAAGAUUCUCCUCUCCGGUAAAAUCUGUACGAAGAAAUUCCAUAAUUUUUGCCUUAAUAAUUAUCAUUAUUAUUAUUUUUUAAAAUUUUCAUAACAUUUUUUCCCUAAUAAAUUCCGACGAGUCGUCUAGCGGUGGGGAGAAGAAAAAAAGUGACCAAUGUAAAUACAAAAAUAAUUACCAAUGUUAAUUAUAAUUAAAAAAAUUUUUAAAAAAGAGUUAUUAUCAUUAUUACUGAAAAAAAAAAAGUAAUUAAAAAUUGGCGCCGUAUUUUUGCUAAUGUGCGCCGUAGUUGCGAAAGGACGUAACGGCCACGCGACGUUGACAGGUGACCAAUCCGUUAACGGAAAAUGAAUAUUUUCAUCGAUUUUAAAAACAAAAGAAAACGGUUAGCGUUAGUGAAUAUGAAUUAAUGAAAAAGAUCUGUUUUGGGAGUGAGGGAAGAAAGAAAUUGUAACUUAGCGGUUAAUUAAAUGGUAAUUUAGAGAUUUUGAAUUUAAUUAAUGUCUCCACGUGUGUUUGUUUAGAAGUGUGAUGGGGGAGGAGAGGUGUGUGUAUAUGUAAAUUAAUUUAAUACUUAAUGUUUAAAAAGAAGAAGAAAAGAAAAAAAAAAAAAAAAAGGUCACAUGGGUCAUUAUGUGUGUGUACUUUAGAGUAGCACGAUUUUAGGAAAAUGUAAAUCAUGAUGUGGAAGAAUGUGGAGCACCAGAUCAAAGUCAUUAUUAACCUUA